AUGCUUCGGAAGCUUCGCAGGCAUAGACAGAACAUUCUGAUUGUCGGCCUCGCAAUUAUCAACGUAGUUUUAUUCUGCUCCAAUUUCAUGCAAGCAGGAAAGACGACUUACAGGCAGUCGAUCGACAAACUGAUACCGCCAGACAAAAACGACGGACACCAUAGAACCACCGGAUCAGAUGGCUAUAAUCUGGCGAUACGUGUGCACAAGAGAUGCUUUCAAAGUGGUUUUGAGUACAAAAAUAGGAAUGUGAACCUUAUGAACAUUUACGAAACCAAAUCGAAAACAUUUGAAUACUGCCCUAUCUGGAAAGUUGGAACGACGUACUUGAAACGCCUGUUUAUGAUCAAGAAUCUCAACAAGUACGCUAACCUUACUAAUCCGUACAACAUUAGUUUCCUUGAACGUUACGAUAGUGAAAGGGGAAUGAUUUCUAAUGAAGACGACGUAAAACGUUUCAUGUUUGUUCGGAAUCCAUACCAAAGACUACUGUCAUCGUACGUUGAUAAACUGCUAGCGCCAAAUCCAGUUUACUGGAAAAUAAUAGGAAUACCCGCUAUUAAAAGUUCUAGAAAAGAACCCACCGAGCAUAGCGUGAAAUGUGGCCAUGAUUUGACAUUCAAAGAAUUCAUUCAUCACAUAACUAUGGUGCUUCCGACUGGAAAACACACCGUGUACGGUCAUAAUAAGAGAAAGGUCGGUGUGUUGAGAGAUCUGCAUUUUGAGUUGUACAACGUAAUAUGCAGACCUUGUCAUGUCAAGUAUAAUUUUAUUGGCAAAAUGGAAUCUUUUGAUCAAGAUUCACUGGAGUUUAUAAAAGAGAUUGAGUUACCAAAGGUAGCUGAUUUUUUGACAAAGAAUGGAAAAGCGCUUGCUGUCGAUGAUGCAAUUAAAGACACAACGUAUCAACCAUUCAAUAUAGAAUUUCUCGAAGAGUACUUGAAGUGUAUUACACGCCAUGAUGCUAUGAAAAGAGCAUGGAAGAAACUGCAGUUAAGGGGACUGAUUGGAAAUACUCCAUUGCAAGUUACUGAUGAGGAUGCUAGAACGAUGACACACGAGCAGUUCCUUCAACUGGCUGUAAACGCUAGAAGAGCAUCCAGUAGUGAAGAGAGAAAGACAUUAAAAAGGAGACUUUAUCUUGAGAUGUAUUCAACAGUUGAUCGCGGAGAUUUAGAGCUUAUAAGUACCUUGUAUAAAGAUGAUUUUAAUAUUUUUGAAUAUGACAGUAGACCUAAAGAUAUAUUCACCAAUUGAAAAGUCUGCAGCUAGAACAGGG